AUGUCGACCUUGAAUUUCGCCUUGGUCAACAACACUGGCUCUGAUACGGUUUAUGCCUAUAUCACUGGAUUGGCCAUUGACAAUAACAAUGCCCUUUUCCUCUUGCAGGCCGACGGCCAGACAGCCUAUUAUCCAACAUCGCCAUCGUCUACCAUCACAGCCUUGGCCCAAAAUUGUGCCAUUCCACUCGGUGGAUCCGGCAAUUCGAAGACUGUGACGAUUCCGCAUUUAGCUGGUGCCCGGCUGUGGUUCUCCCUCAAUGCGCAACUCACCUUUUAUUUGAAUCCUGGUCCGGCACUUGUGGAACCCUCGUCUUCCAAUCCAUCUGACCCAAAUUACAACAUUUACUGGGAUUUUUGCGAGUUCACCUGGAAUAGCGCGGAACUCUUCGUCAACAUAAGUAUGGUGGACUUCUUCUGUUUACCUAUCGCUCUGGCAUUGGAGAAUACGUCGGGUGUGGUCCAGACUGUCAAGGGCCUGCCAUCAGGUGCACUCGACACAAUAUGCACAGCGCUGAAAACUCAGCAUAACUCCGAUGGAGCAGGCUGGGACCAACUGAUAGUAACCACUGGGGGGGCAAAUCUACGGGCCGUCUCACCCAACACCGGUAUAACACUGUCAAGCAGCCUAUUCAGCACCUAUUACGAUUCCUAUGUGGAACAAGUUUGGUCCAAAUACACAAGCGACACUUUGACGGUCGACACUCAGGCUUCUGCAGGUAGUCUUACGGCAACCGUCUCCAACAACACACUGAAUUUCUCAUCCGACAGCAUCUCUUAUACUAAGCCUACCUCCGCAGCUAUCUUCAGCAACAGUUCCGGUACCUUUGCCGUGUCCGGAAAUAGUAUUAAGGAUGCCAUCACUGCCCGGUUGGCUGCUGCGUUUAACAGAUCUACUUUGCUGAUCGAUACAAAUCAGCCAGAUGGCGAAGUCGUGGCCGAUUACUACUCGAAUUCUAUCACCAAUCACUACGCGCGUAUCUGUCAUCAAACUGCUCUCGAUGGCAGGGGUUAUGCUUUCCCUUAUGAUGAUGUGGGUCCGUCUGGUGGAGUGGAUCAAUCAGGGAGUGUGUCUGAUGGCAGCCCCAAGCUGUUGACUGUUACUGUUGGUGGUCUUAGCAGCAAUUCGACCCAGAAAUCUAUCAACCAUACGGCUACUACCAUUCCUUCACAGGUAAACCAGAAACAGAGUGUGUUUGGAGGUCUGAAGAAGCUUGUGCGCAGGCUGUCCUGCAGUAACAGUGACUCUUGA